AAAAAAGAUAGGAAAAGUACAAUUCCUCACAUUCAAAAGUCAGAGAAAGUUAGGUAUAUUAAUAGGUAUUCUCAGUGUCUGUCGGUAUUUGCUAGAGUGUCUAAGAGGUAUUUUUCAAUAAAGAAUUCUGAAGAAUCAUUGAAAUCAUUGAAAAUGGCCGAUCCAGUCUCAACAUGGGCAAGUGAUAGAAAAGAAACCAUAAAGGAACUUCGACAACUUGGGGAGAACAUGAAUGAACAUGCUAAGAACGCGAAAAUUGCAAGUGCUGUCGGGGGUGGAACAAGUGUUGCAGCCGGUUUAGGUGCGGCUGCAUGUUAUUUUAUAGCACCUUUCACGUUUGGUGGAUCCCUUGUUCCUGCAUUUGCACUUACAGGAGUUGCUGUUGCUGGCGGAGUAACAUCAAUUGGCGCAACCAUAACCAAUCAUUUUAUAGAGACAUAUACAUUGGUAGUGUUCAGGAAGCUUUAGAUAAGGAUAGAGUAUCGUUUGAUGCACUGAAAAAGGCUGUGGAUAAAGCUAAUGAAAUAUCGUUAACAGAAGGAAUAAAAUGUGGUGUUAAGAUUGGAAAGAGCAUUCCUGGUGGUGUCAGUCUUGGGUCUUUCGUUGCUCGUGAGCUUAUUGUAUCUGAAAAAGUCGCAGCCAGUCUUUUAAAACUUGGCCGGACUGCUCGUUUUGUAAGCCACACUGUCGCUAUAGUAGCUCUGCCGCUAGAUGUCUUGUUUUUUGUAUUAGAUGUAAUUGAUUUGACAGACGGA